AUGCUGUUAACGCGACCUCUACGAUGGUCGGCGAGUGUAAUGCAGCUGCCGAUGGCAAGAUUCAGCACCACGCUUCGACAGUGUUCCACCAAACGGAACGAGGAAACGGCCGACGGCAAGCCGGAGGACGGUGGUGGCAAGCAGGGCAGCCUGAUCGUGCGGACCAAUCUGUUUGAGUCGGCCGCCAAAAAGGACAAGCAGACGUACAUCGAGAUGGUGAAGAUAUUCGAGAAGCGCAGCGUGCAUCGCCGCAACCACGUGGAGUUCAUUUACGCCGCCCUGCGCCACAUGGAGGAGUUCGGCGUGAACAAGGACAUUGCCGUGUACAAGGCGCUGAUCGACGUGAUGCCGAAGGGCAAGUUCAUACCGACCAACAUCUUUCAGGCCGAGUUUAUGCACUACCCGCGGCAGCAGCAGUGCAUCAUCGAUCUGCUCGAGCAGAUGGAGGAUAACGGGGUGAUGCCGGACUACGAGAUGGAGGCGAUGCUGGUGAACGUGUUCGGCAAGAAGGGCCACCCGGUGCGCAAGUACUGGCGCAUGAUGUACUGGAUGCCAAAGUUUAAAAAUCUCUCCCCGUGGCUGCUGCCCAACCCGGUGCCGGACGAUGCGCUCGAGCUGGCCCGGUUAGCCGUGGAGCGCAUGUGUUCGAUCGAUCCGCGCAGCAAGAUUCAGGUGUUCGAUACGCAGGAGGUGGAAAGUGCGAUUGACCACACGUGGGUCGUGAGUGGGCAGAGCGGGGAGCAGUCGGAAUUGCUCGCGGCGCACGAUAGGCAGGAACCGGUCUACAUAGAGGGCCCGUUUGUGAUAUGGCUGCGGAACCGGUCCAUCAACUAUUACGUGCUAAAGAGCGCCCCGAAACCGCUACCACCGAUCGAGGAGACGGAUGAUCCGGACGACGUCAGUAACCUUCACAACCCGUACGUUGGGUUGGAUUUGCGCUUCCGCAAACGGCCGGGGUCCGGAUCGGCCGUCAGCACUCGCAGGCGUUCGGUGCACGAGCAGGAGGAUGGCAUCAUCUACGCCAUCUGCUGUACGGGAAGCUCGACAAAGGAUUCGCUGCUGUCCUGGAUACGGUUGCUAGAGAAGGAGAGCGGCAACGGUGCCCUGUCGUCGCUGGCUGUGCUGUUCAAAUUUACCUCCCCCACCAGUGAAGUGAUGGUUAGCGGAGCGGAAACUAGCACAGUGCAACAGUAGCUGUAUAUAAACAAAUUGUUGCUAUAAAUAGAGUCAGUCAAGAACCCGUUCAAACACACACACACAAACACUCCUGGGAGAAAAGAUUCCUUGCGGAUGACAUAACGGUGGUUGGAAGCGGCGCAAAAACAAUUUUUGGCAAUUUUAACGCGCCCACUGUUUGUUUUUAAAUCACAGAAAUUUUAUUUCCAAUUCAAUCGUCACACUUCAAUUAAAUUCAUACGUCAGGGUUUUAUACAGUUCAUGUCAAGCGCGUAACACUUGCGCGUUACUUGUGCCGCGGGCGUUGCUUGCAAACAGCCCUAGCCGGUGGUGGUGGUGGUGGUUUGGUUGUGUUGCGUUUGCGCCAGCGGGAAUACCUGCGUCACCUUGCCGAUGCCUUUGCUGGUGCCCUCGCGCAGCAGUAUCCGCAUGCCCGGCCGCACGUACUCCGGAUGCCGCACGAACCGGAACAGCACCGAGGCGGACUGAUUUGUACCGAUGCCGGUGUCGCCGGCCCCCAUAAUGCCCUCGAUGAUGGCCGUCUGCCGGAUGCUACCGAUGUGUACGGUAGUCUGAAAUCCUUUAAAGAUGCGCGUCGCAUGGAACAGUACGGACACUUGUGCCUAAAAAGUCGUCCAUGGGGGGAACAGAAUAGCGUGUUUUUAGGAAAUUGUUGAAAGGUGUAAAACCCAAAAAAGACUCCCCCCCCCUACCUGAAAGAAGAAGCACCCGCAGGCUACCUCAUCGCUUUCGUAGUCCGGCAGUAUGACCAUGCCGCUGCGCAGCACGGGCAUCGGCUCGAUCGCGUUGAACGACAGCGAAGCGCUCUGUCCCGCCCGCACCACCCGGCAGGGCGCCUUGUUCCGGUGGAUCGUCUGCACGGUGACGGAAAAGAACGAGCCGUCCUGCAGCGGGCCCACCUUCACCUGGCUGUUCUCGGUGAGGACGCCCUUGCAGAGCAGCCCGCCGGCGACCGUGCCCACCUCGGCCACUCGGAAGAUUUCAUCGAUCUGAAACUCGAUCGGCUGCUGCUCGAGCCGCUCCUUCUCCGCGUUGCUGAUGCCCGGCGACAGCACGUACAGGUACUGGAUGAGCAGGUCCAGCCCGGCGCCGGUCACGUUCGACACGCAGAAGAUCGGCACGAUCUGCUCCACGCUCUGGUGCGCGUUCGCGUUCAGCACGUCGUCCUGGUUGCUGAUUAAGUACGGUACCUUCCGGUAGCCGAUCGAGGUGAGCAGAUUCUUCAGCUCGAACAGGAUCGGGUCGGGCGGGGCGAGAUCGAUCUUCGUCACGAUGAUCGAGAACGAGAUGUCGAGCGCGUGUAUGAUCGCCAGAUGCUCGCGCGUCAUGUUGCUAAUGUUGCCGGCCGCUAUCACGAUCAGCGCGUGCUGCGGACAGUAGCCGGACAGGGCCUGCACGGUGGUCUUCAGGUAGCGCCGGUGCCCCGCCAGAUCCAUGAACGUGACGAGCUUGGUCGACCGGUCGCUAAUCUCCUCGGCGGUCAUCAUCUCGUUGUACUUGUAGUUGAUCACGCUGCCCUCCGCAUCGAAGCCGAGCAUUUCGUGCGAUAUGCAGGACGUGCGGCCGGUCUGUAUUUCGUGCAUGUGGCGGAACAUGUUGAGCCGCGCCAGCCCGCGCCCAUUGUCGAACUCGCCCUGGGUCAGCACGCCGAGCAGGGUGGACUUGCCCGCGUCGGCACCGCCCAGCACGGCCACCCGCACCUCGAUGUUGUGCUGGUCGUCGGGUAUUUUGCGCACCAGCACCUCCACCACGCUCCGCUGGUCGGCCAGGCUCUUCCGCCGCAGGAUGCUGGUCGACGCGUCCAGCUUGCGGGCCAUCUGGUUGAGCGUCUGCAGCGAAACGGUCAUGUCGGCGUCGUUCAGCCCCUGCAGGAAGCCCGAAUCGGACACGCCGAUCUCGUAGAUCGCCUCGCCGUUGCCCUCGCGCAACCGCCACUUCAUCUGCGUGACCAGGUGCUCGAACCGCUGCUUCGACGGGUUGAUUAGCUUCAGUUUGUACUCGAUGUUGCCGACCUGCGGCUCGGGCGGCAGAAAGCCACGGUUAAAGUCGAAGCCUUUCUGCUGCAGCAGCUCGUAGCUGCUGCCGUCGCGGUGAUGGUGGUGGCCACGCUGCAGCAGCUGGCCGAUGGAAUCGAUCCGCUCGUUACUGCCGCUGCCGCCGCCUCCGCCGUCGUCGUCGUUGCUGUUGCCAUUGCGAAGGUCGGAGUCGCUGCCCGAGCUGGAUGAGCCCGACGGCGGGGACGGACCGAAAAGGUCGAAGAAGCUAGAUUCCAUCGGAGAGCUGGUGCUGAGGUCACCCGCC